AUGUCAGGGCUAUUUGGCGCAGCAGCGGCGACAACAACAUCUGCCACCAACACCACAGGCGACAUUUCAAAAGACGUCGCGCUCAAUUCUCCUCCCGAGGACAGCAUUUCAGAUCUCCGUUUCUCACCAGCGAGCGACCAUCUAGCUGUAGCGUCAUGGGAUAAGAAAGUCCGCAUUUACGAGAUCAACGAUCAAGGCCAGAGUGAGGGCAAAGCUCUUUUCGAGCAUGAGGCCCCUGUCUUGAACUGCUGCUGGGCACCUGAUGGAACAAAAGUCGUGGGCGCUGGUGCCGACAAGGCGGCUCGCAUGCUUGACCUCGCCGCAAAUGCUACCACGCCUAUACAAGUCGCUGCUCAUGACGCCCCGAUCAGAUGCUGCCACAUGUUCCCAAACCCCGCUGGCGGCACACCUCUCCUCGUGACGGGUUCAUGGGACAAGCAGGUCAAAUACUGGGAUUUACGGCAGUCUACACCCAUCGCCUCAUUAGAAUGCCAGGAACGUGUUUACACUAUGGACGUCAAGGAUAAACUUUUAGUCAUUGGGACAGCAGAUCGAUACAUAAACAUUGUCGACCUCGGCAGCCCCACAAAGUUCUACAAAACCAUGCAGUCUCCUCUGAAAUGGCAAACACGAGUAGUUAGUUGCUUCGCCGACGCCACCGGGUUUGCGGUCGGAAGUAUCGAGGGCCGCUGUGCCAUCCAGUACGUCGACGACAAGGACUCGAGCUCAAAUUUCUCUUUCAAAUGCCAUCGCGAAACACCCCCAAACCAGCGUGAUAUCAACAACAUUUACUCCGUCAACGCCAUCUCCUUCCACCCCGUCCACGGCACCUUCAGCACCGCUGGUAGCGAUGGAACAUUCCACUUCUGGGAUAAGGAUGCCAAGCACCGUCUCAAGGGUUACCCUAGCGUCGGGGGAACAAUCUCGUCAACCGCUUUCAACCGCAACGGUAACAUCUUCGCCUACGCUGUCAGCUAUGACUGGAGCAAAGGAUACUCAGCAAACACCCCGCAAUUGCCCAACAAGGUCAUGCUUCACCCAGUGAACCAGGACGAGGUAAAGCCCAGGCCAGGCACCAGGAGGCGAUGA